AUCCUCUUUGGAUUUGGAUUUUAAAUGGAAAAAGUUUUAAAUUGGUGCUGUAUAGUUCUAACUCUUUACAUUUUGACUUUCCAAGGGACACAAUGUUUAUCAACCUACACACUCCAGGCCUGUUAUGGUAAUGGGUUUGAAGACAACUUGAACCCCUCUUGUCCACUAGGACAAAAGAUAUAUGUGUAUGACGUCUACACAUAUUCUAAAAGAAAGGACCGGAACUGUCCUGUUACUUCUCACUCUUCAAACCGGAACAUAACAUAUUGUUGCAAUUACGUCAACGAAACAGAGGAUUGUGGAAAGAGGUAUUAUGGGACCGCUGCGCCUCAUGAAUAUGAACAUUACUCUAGGUGUUCAGGUCGUCAGAGCUGUGGACAGGGAGUUCAAGUCUCCUGGAACUAUACAACAGACGUCUGUGACAGCAGUAUAUUCAUGGAGAGGUCUAAUUACAUGAAAAUGUGGUACAACUGCCUCCCAGAUUCUGACGUCAUUUCCAUUAGCAAUGCCUCACUUACAGCACAGUCAAUAUUCCUAUCCAGCGCCGGAUAUCCGUUAGAAAUGUCACCUUGUGGGUCUACUUCAGGUGCAUCGUGCAAGGUCACUGCAAGUGGGAACUCCAGAGUUCGUAUCACUGGAUUUGAUCUGCAGUUCAGUGAGAAUUCUGGUGUUUGUAAACAAAGAUUGCUGAUAACAGAUGGUGCAAUGACUACUGACGUUGCAUGUGAUGACGUCAACAAAUUUGCACGAACGACUCUGUAUACGAGUAAUUCCAGCAGCAUUGAUCUACGAUUAGAUAAUACAGAUACCUCAACGGCGGGAAAAUUCUGGAUUCAUCUCGAAGCCACUAAUUCAUCAGAGCUGUUAACGGUGAUCUGCCAGAAUUCGACACCAACUAUCUCAUGUAAUGACAACUUCACCAUACUGAAUCCGGCAAUUAGCUCUAACCAGACGACAUCAGUUUCACUUUUGACUUCCGUUACUGACAUCACAACAAGCGCCUGGUCAACCAAUUAUCCAUCUCUGACAAAUGCAACGAGGACCACAGAAGUGGUGACGUCAAUCAGCGGGACGACUCUCGUCGGCAGUUCAUUAGGGUCAAUAACGGAAUUACCAAGUUCUGCUGAAUCCACAUCUGAUAGAGUGACCAAGGAAGCAAGGACCAAAAGUUCAGAAUCUACAGGAAUAUCAACAACCAAAAGCUCAGAAUCAACAUUUUAUACAAGAAAUCAGGAAUCAACAAUCAACAGUUCAGAAUAUUCGACGGAGUCUAUUGUUUUCUCGUCACCAUCACCUGAUUUAUUAUCCAAUUCUGCAGUUUCUACAGAGGCGUCAGGUGGUACAUCUAGGAUUUCAUAUCAACCAUCAACUGGAGUUUCUACCCAAACACCGACUGGGAUUUCCAAUCAAACGCCACCUUCUAUAAAUAGAACAUUUGUGAAUGCUUCUUCGUCAUCAAACAUCAGAAAUAAUGAAAACAGCAAUAAAAGUAGUGAAGAUUCCGCCCUUCUACCUGCUCUUGGAGCAAUGUUAGCAUCAAUAGCAAUGGCAGGUGUUAUGUUUUACCUUUAUUGGAAAUAUAAGAAAAAGAGCCAUCUACCGGUGAUCUCAAGCAUUCCUCCAGCAAGGGAGAUAACAAUGGCAUGGGAUGACAAGGGAAGUAAUUCAAACAAAGGACAUUCUUCCAGUAAAUACGAAAAAGAACCAACCUUGAUCAGUCUGAAGAUUCAUGAAUAAACAUGAACUAUAUUUAACUAGUGUGAAUAAUAAAUUUAUAUGAUUCUUCACCUGAUGGUACAUGUUAUGUUUUGCA